UCGUGUUUGCAACGCAGUUGAAAAAUUCUCAAGCGGCAGGUUGGCACGAAGUUUGUUGGUUGUGGAACUGUUUUUGUCCGUUGAAAAAUUUUUAAUUAGUCACUUAGUGUCCGACAAAUCUUCCCCGUAAGCGGAGAGGAUUCUAGCAUUUUAUCGGGUUUAAAGAAGCGUUUCAUUGUGAUCGUGAUCAUGUCGGAUGCGGAGGAUAUGAAAGUGGACGACAUGUUGGAGGAGGUGUUUAAAGGUAAUGGGAAGAAAGAUCCCUCCAGCGGGAAGAUGAACGGCCCAUAUAAGCAGGACCGCAAUGCCUCACCCGAGCCGCAGAAUGGGACCGCCGAGAAACGGGCUGAAGAAUCUGGGCGGAAGCGGCGCCCUUCGAAAUCACCCAGUCGCAGCCGGUCCCGCACUCCGAAGCCCAAGAAGAAGCGCAGCCGCAGCAAGGAUAAGGAAUCGCGUCGCAGUCGUAACAAAGACGAGGAAUCCCGUAGCACCCGCAGCCGGGAUAAAGAGUCCCGCCGGCGCCGCAGUCCAUCGCGGGAGCGCAGUGAUCGGCGUCGCGAUCGUGACCGCCGCCGCAGUCCCAGUCCGCCUCCCAGUGAUGCGGAUCGGGAUCGCAAACGAUCGCGGAAGGAAGUCAAAGAGCGCUCCGUGUCCAAGAGUCGAUCGCGCACCCCCCGCCGCAGCCCGAAGCGUUCCCGCUCACGGAGUCCGCGACGCCGCGAUGACCGGAGGGAUCGGGAGAGGGAUCGACGUUCCCCGGUGCGACGUGACCGCUCGCGAUCACCACGGCGCUCACCGCGACGGGAUCGCGGGGAAGGUCGACGGUAUGAGAGGAGUCCGCCGCGGUAUGGAGGCGGACGAGGUGGAGGACGAGGCCGCGGUCGUUUUGAUGGCCGUGGGGGACAAAACCAUAUGAGAGAUCGUGGAGGUUUUGGAGGGCGUGGAGGCGGCGGCCGGGCUCGGCAGUCCAUCGAACGCGCCCGUUCCGUCCGCAGUGAAUCACCGGAUAUCCCGGCGGAAGAGCGCGAUCAGCGCACCGUGUUCUGCAUGCAGCUGGCACAGACCAUCAACGCCAAGGAUCUGGAGAAGUUCUUCUCCUCCGUCGGCCGGGUGCGCGACGUCCGUCUGAUUGUGGACAGUAAGACGCGGCGGUCCAAGGGUAUUUCCUAUGUGGAGUUUUACGAACUGGAAGCCGUGCCGCUGGCGCUGGGUCUGCACGGCCAGAAACUGAAGAACUGUCCCAUGAAUAUUCAACCCACACAUGCCGAAAAGAAUCGCGCAGCGAUGGCGGCGGCCGGUGCCGUGCAGAAGGGCCCAAUGCGGCUGUAUGUGGGAUCGCUGCAUUUCAACAUCACGGAAGAUAUGUUGAAGGAUAUUUUUGAACCAUUUGGAAAGUUGGACAGCGUUCAAUUGAUGAUGGAUCCCGAGAGCGGACGAUCAAGAGGAUAUGCUUUCAUCACGUUCCGCGAUGCACAGGACGCGAAGCGAGCCAUGGAGCAGUUGAACGGCUUUGAAUUGGCCGGACGCGCGAUGAAGAUUGGUCACGUGACGGACCGCAGCGACAACGCCACGCAGGGCUCACUGGAUUACGACGACACGGACCGCGCGGGAUUCGACCUGGGCCCGACGGGCAGAUUACAACUGAUGGCCAAACUGGCCGAAGGCACCGGGAUGAAGAUCCCACAAUCGGCGGCGCCACCGCCGCCGGCUGCGCCUGCAGCACCGGCUAUGGCACCGAUCGCUACCCAGUGUUUUAUGCUGUCCAACAUGUUCGAUCCGAAAACGGAGACAGAGUCCACAUGGGCCUGUGAUCUGAAGCAGGAGGUGAUCGAUGAGUGCAGUCAGUAUGGCGGUGUGGUGCAUGUCCACGUGGACGCCGACGCUGCGGAAGGGAAUGUCUACGUCAAGAGCGUGUCCAUUGCGGCGGCCACCUUGGCGGUGCAGAGUCUCCAUGGCCGCUUUUUUGCUGGGCGGAUGAUCACUGUAAAUUAUAUUCCCACGUUAAACUAUCACCAGCUUUUCCCGGACGCCAUGAAGUCGCAUUUCCCGCUGGCUCCUUCUCAACGGUAGAAAUCGUCCUUUUUGUUUACUUGUUCGGAUGGCGCAGCACGGAGAAAACAUUUUGUUAAGUGGACGAUGGGAUUUUGAAUGGAAUGUGAAGUAUUUACCUCGAGGGAUCCUUUUCGAUUAUUUUUUGCACUAGCUGUUACUCCGUGCUUGUGCGUUUUUUCCGCUUCUCCGGUUUUGUUUGUCCGCAUCACUGUGAAGUUUUUUUCACCAUCCGACUAGCAUGUGUUUGAAAUCUGAAUUAUUGACGUUUAUAUUGUGUUUAGAAUUUAUUAUGACCAGCGCUUAUAAUGCACAACGAUCGUACAAUAAAAUUCAAUUAGUUGUAAGUGGAAU